AUGGAGGCUGAUGCAGAUGUCGGCGAUGAUGGCGAAGACAUCAAGACUGAACCAUCUGAUCAGGAUGGGGACAAUGGCGCAACCGAAGAAGCUGACAACAAUACCCAGGAACACUACAAAAGAACAAAGGGUUUCGGUACAGCUCCUCAACCUGAUACAGAGGAUUCUCUGGGCAACCCCUUUGUGCUUGUCAUUGAAACAAACAGAAUUCACCAUCUUCCUUUGCAUUUAUGCACUUGUCCAGGAGCUGCGCCCACCGAUGAGCAGCUGUUGACUUCACAGUUAUUUCCAACGAGCUUUCAAAAUGUUAAAACAGUGUUCACUUUCAAGGUACUGGAUGAUUUUCGGUUGUCCAAUCUUACCUGCAAAACUUCCGCAUAUCAAUACUAUCUCAAGCUGCGGCGCCUGACUUCUCCAGCCUUCCCGAAGUCGGUUCUGGACAGGUAUCACAAAUUCAGAAGAGUUAGUCGGCAAUGGCGCAAUUUGGAACUUAAAAAAUGCUUUGGUUUUGGACACGAGCCUAGAAUGCCAAAGGCUGGAGAAAUGGCAUAUGGUUGUGCAUCUUGUGCCCAGCCAGGUGUUAACUUGCCAAUGAACUGGAAAGAGGACCCACAUCCCGAGGUCUUCACACAAUUUCUUUGUGUUGAUGGUAACUUCUCAGCUGAUCACCUGAAGCAACAAAAUGCCAUGGAUGAUGUAUGGCUGACCAGCGGGGAAGGAAUGACGACAGAGAAGGAGGCUUACAAGAAGUACCUGGUGCAGCCCACUGUUACUUGCCAGGUCAAAUCAACAUGCAGCAACCACCAGGCCAUCAACAAUGCAAGUCAGAAUCAUGCAGGCUGUGAUGCAACUGGCAGCGUUGUUGACUUUCAGAAGGGCGAGCGCCAGCUGAACAUCAACUAUGCUCUUUGUGAGGCGAUAAAGAACAUGGGACUGAAUGGUUUGGAUGAUAUCAUGAUCAUAUAUGAUGUGAUGUGUCAGUAUCAUGUUAAUCUCUGGGACAGGAUUGCUAACAAUCCAAAUCUUUCCAUCUCUGAGAAGGCUAAUUUGAUCAUGGGCAUUGGUUUAUUUCAUGUCCAUGGUCAUCAGGAUGAGUGCCUCUUCCGGUUGGCGACGUCAUUUAUUCCUGGAGCUGGAAUGGUAGAUGGGGAAAUAUUGGAAAGCCUUUGGGUGCAGCUCAAUGAUAUCUUGAGGAGCACCCACACAGCCACCCUCGCCCAUCGGGCCAAGGUCUUGGACGACCAUAUGAAUGACAGAAACUGGAAUAAAAUGGUCAACAUUGUCUCCUCAGUCAUUGCCAAGUACAGGAAGGCUGUCAUUGGCCUGGUGGACAGCAAAGACUACUUUGACCAACUAAAUAGUUCGGCAGGACAACACAACCACACAUGGCAGGCAGAGAUUCGUGCCGCUGAGAGUGAUCGGGCGCAAGGGAAUUUGAAGGCGAUGGAUAUUAUGGCACCAAGAAAUCCACCCAAUUGUCCAGAGUGUGGCGCCCAAAUUGAAGGUGCUGUCCCAGGAAGAGUGUGGCCCUCAAAUUCAGGGCGCUGUUCCAGGAUUCCUGGCGCUCAUGGGCGCCGUGCCAGCACCCCUGGCGCUCAUGCCAUUUUACCCAGACUGACCAAUGCUACAGCUCCCCUCACCACCACUCAAGUCCAAUUAAAGCUGAUGGAACAGGAGUGCCUUUCAAUGGGCAAUACAGGUCAAACAUCUUGGAUUGCAACAGGACUCAAAAUUGAGGAGAGACAGUAA